CUCACCUGGUCAAGUGCCAAGAAGGUCAGCCUUGGCGGGUGGGUCGGCCAGCCCAGCCGCGCCAACGUCGUCAUCCUCGAAACAGCAGCUGAGCUCGAGCCUCGUACAUACAUCUCUCAAUCAACCAGCGCGACGACAACCACACAACAUCCACCGACGGCUUACCACGCACAGCCCCGAUCUCACAUCGAAAUUCUUCUCUCUCAACAUAUCUGCGCCGAAAUAGACGGCCAAACCGACGCCUCCAGCUCCCGCCCGAUCAAUCGAUCCCGCCGUACCGCCCAACCGAACCAACCAUCACAAUGUCCGAAGACCGCCUCUGGAAGUUCCGCCGGCCGGAAUGGCUCAACAGCGCCUGGGCGCGUAACGCAGGCGUAUACGGCGCCGGCGGUCUGUUCUCCCUCGCCUUCUACACCCUCCUCGACUCGGCCGUGUGGUCCAAGUCGGCGCUCAACUCCUCCAGCCUCCACGUGACCUUUGUCGACUGGCUGCCCUUCAUCUUCUCGUCGCUCGGCAUGCUCAUCAUCAACAGCGUCGAGAAGGCGCGGCUGUCGGCCGACUCGUUCAGCUACUCGGGCUCGGGCGUCGCCUGGAAGGCCCGCGUCGUGCUGUUCCUCGGGUUUGCUGCGCUGGCCGGCGGGAUGGCUGGGGGUGUUACGGUUUUUGUGCUCAAGUUUGUGGUGCCGGGCGUGCCGUUUCCGGCGAUGACGAUGGGGGUGGAGAAUUUGGUUGCGAAUGCGCUGGUGGGGUUGAGCUCGGUGGUUUUGUGGAUCAGCCAAAAUAUGGAGGACGAGUAUUCGUACAAUCUUUCUCUGUGAGCUGGGCGUUGGAGAUAAUGGAAGGGG